UCAGGACUUGUGAUUCUGAAACUCGUGGAGUUCUGCAAUCAAACUAUGUAGUCUGUUGAGGUGAAUGAACUUCCGAUAUGCUGUGACUAGUCAUACACUCUCCCCCGGCCACUUCGAAGAAUGCAUCUCGCAGACGAUUCUCGCUGGUGGCUUCCAAGUUCAUCGGCAAGGUCACCACUGGCAACCGUUCUGCUUCAAGCGUUCGACAGUCCUCCUACAUCCUCAGACAAGCCAGGUUCUUUCACUACUCACCACCACCAAUCCCGAACCAAAGCCUGACCGGUCUUCUGAUUUACUCAUUGCAAAGUUCCUUCAUCAGGCCGAACAACCCGACCCAAAGUUUGUGAAAGCAACGCUCUCUCUCCCUCUCGUGAAUGCCAAAACUGAGUUCGAAGGUGUCAAACAUGUCUCAGGAAUGGUCGAAAAUACUGCUUCAGCGUCCGAUAACAUACAAUCCGUUCUCAAUACCAUAGAUAGGUUUUCCGCGAUUCUUGGACCUCUAAAGGUGUUCAAUUCCGUCGCUAAUGGGCUUGCGGAUGUACAGGUACAGAUGUUGUACAACACAUAUUUGCCUUGUUGCAGUACUUCGUUGCGACUUUGUUCUGCUUCAUUCAUUACUUAUUCCAUGAUCGUGUACUGCAGAAUGAUUGCAAAGUCGAAUAGACCACGAUUUCAUACCCUUCACCUAUCGUCACACUAUCUCUAGACUAACCCUCCCGUUAAUCCUCCCCCAGAUCAACUCGACAACGGUCAAUUUGUAUUCAGCAUCAUCCUCAC